GGCCUACCUGCGCCAGGUGAUGGACACGCUGCCCGAGCCGACGCGGCGCAAGUACGACCGAGAGCUGCAGGCCGAGCUGAGCGACGGCGGCGGCGCGCUGGCCGGCCCGGCGCCGCCGCCCGCCCGGCUGCCCAAGAUCUACGGCGGUCUCCACUACAAGCUGAAGCGCGUCUCAGCCCUGGUCAACGUCGACUUUAUCGAGGGCAAAGGCCGCUGCCUGGUGGCCAACGAGGAGAUCCCGCCAGGCUCGGUGCUGAUCACCGACUCGCCGUACGCCUGGGCGCUGAGCUCGGAGCGCUGGCCCACCCACUGCCAGUCGUGCUGCCGGCGCACGCUGGCGCCCGUGCCGUGCACGCGCUGCGCCGCCGUCGUCUUCUGCAGCGCCAGCUGCCGGCAGACGGCCUGGACGCGAUUCCAUCGGGCCGAGUGCGGCGUGCUGGAGCAUCUCCGCGCCGGCGGUCUGACGCCCAUGGCGCUGAUGGUGGCGCGCACGGCGCUGACGGCCGGCAUGGCGCGCCUGCGCCCCUACCUCGACCGCUGCGACACGUACGACGUCUCCGGGGUCGACCCGGCCGCCGCCUACGACGGGCUUGAUUACGAGGCCGUGUUCGACCAGGUGCCCAACAGCGCGUUCCGCUCGAUCCUGGACGCGAUCCGGCGCGGCACGCUGGCCAUCUACCUGCUGCGCUGCCUGCAGCUGACGGAGCUGGGCGUGGCCGAGCUGGACGAGCAGCAGCAGCUGCAGCUGGCCGCGCUGCUGCUGCGCCACCUCGAGAGCUGCGCCUGCAACGGCUUUCAGCUGAGCGAGCUGGUGGCGCCCGAGCCGGGCGACGAGAGCGAGCCGGAGGCGCUGGAGCUGGGCGGCGCCGUCAGCGCCACCGUCAGCCUCAUGAACCACAGCUGCGACCCGAACGUGACGCGCGUCAACCACGGCCGCCACCUGAUCGUGGUGUCAACGCGCACCAUCGCCGCCGGCGAGGAGCUCCAGGACAACUACCGGGCGCUGUUCCACGAGGCGCCGCGCGCCCAGCGCCAGGCGGCGCUGCUCGAGCGCUACCACUUCAGCUGCCGCUGCGCAGCCUGCCGCUUCCACUGGCCGCUCUACGACCGGCUGCCGACGGUGGCGGCGCGCGCCCAGGUGCGCCAGCUGCUGGCCGCCGGCGAGGAGUACGAGGCGGACGGCGAGCACAUCAGUGCGGCGCAGGCGUUCGGCGCCGCCGCCCAGCUGGUGGAGCAGGAGCACGACGACCGGCUGCAGCCGUGCCGACUGCUGGUCGACUGCCAGGGGUACCUGACGCGCAGCCUCUGGCUGGCCUACCGCCUGUGACGGGCGCGGCCUUACAGCGCGGCGUAGCGGCGUCAGUCCCGCCGGCGCGUCCGCGGACGCCUCAGGCGGCGGACGUCGUCCCGACGUCGGCUCGCCUGAUUCCAGGCUUGAGGGCGCGCCCAGCCUGGGGAGGCGGCCGACGGCGGAUCCGCCGCGGAAAGUGGUGGCCCCAGCUGAGCUAGUCCCCGCAGUUGGCUGUUUGGGCACCCGGUAGCGUGCGAAUAGCGCCCUCCCAGCGGCGGACGGCCGCGUCCGAUCGGCGAGCGCCACAUAGUGGCGAGUCACUUCUGCUGUGAUCCUGAGUGGUGUCUGAACUGACGGCAUGCCCCGCCGCCGCCCCGCGCGGAGUCGACCGCGGCGAAUGUCCGGUCGGCGCGGCCCGCUCCUCUCCUCCCCGCAGCGGGCAGUCGCUCCGGGCGACGAGGGCGCCUCCCCGGCCGGAGCGCCGCCCCGGCGCCUGGCACGGUGCCGGCGCUGACCGGAGGGCGUG